AUGCAAUUUCCAGCACCUACGUGGUCAGGAGACAACUCCGCGGUGAACUUGGCGCCAGGUCAGGCAGCCUUGGGUUCUGCUGACUACUGCGCUCGGAGAUUAGGCGGAUGUAACAAUCACCUGAAAGGGGAGAUUAAAGCGCCUCUCAAUGAGGUCCUUUGUCCUCGGACUCAUUUGAUGCUUUGGGCCUUUUCAAACCGCGCCGGGGGUUUAAAUGUUUGCCCUGACGGUCGGGGCGGCUCCAGUGAGGGCCUGCAGCACUGGGGGGACAUGGAGAAGGGGCCCUUCUCGGUGGACUGGUUGGCCCGGAGCAGCCGCAGCUGCACCGGGGAGAGCCCCGCGGUGCUCGAUGGGUCCCGCUGUGCCCCUCGGUCACCGGGGCCGUCGGGUCGUGGCACCGCCCGCGGGGCCCGGGGCCCGCGGAGGGAAUGGUCGCCCCCCCAGACCUCCCGAUCUGUCCCCGAAGAGGUGCCCUGGGACCGGGAGGCCGCGGAGCGCAGCAGCCCCGGGCACGAAGCGGAGGCGGCCGGCGGGGCCGUACCCGGGCGGGCCCGCACCAAGUUCUCGGCCGCGCAGCUGCAGGAGCUGGAGCGCAGUUUCCGCGAGCAGCGCUACAUCGGCGCCGGCGAGAAACGGCGUCUGGCGGCCGCGCUGAACCUCUCCCAGAGCCAGAUAAAAACCUGGUUUCAGAAUCGUCGCAUGAAGUUUAAACGUCAGACCCAAGAUGCCAGGAUAGAAGCUCUUUUCUCAGGCUUAUUUUUGCCCCAUCACUAUUACCCAGAUAUGGCUACAUCCAGCUAUUCUCAUGGGAUAUGUGCCAACGUCUCCACUUCUGCUGUUACACUUCAUCCAACUGUGCUAAAUCCUGUUUUGUUACCUUCUGUUCUGGCUCAGUCUCAUCAGCCAUUUUUGCCAAAUCCAUCUUUACAGUUGCCUCCAAGCCCAGGAUUAUCUUGUUACUCUUCUGUAAUUCCAGCAGUGACUCUAACCACUGAACAUAAAAGACUGACUUCCCAGUCAUAUCUUCCUUCCUAUUAA